AUGAGUUCCUCCAAACCAGCCGGUUCGGCAGUGCGUGAUACGGAGCUACAAUCUCUAGAUCAUGAUGGUUCUUCGGAGCAUGAUCCGAAAACAGCAGUUGCAGAUGACACUGACAUGCAACGAAUGGGAAAGGCCCAGGAACUGAAGAGAAACCUAAGGCCUUUGGCUGCUUUAAGUUUUGCAUCAGUCUUGCAAGCAACGUGGGAGUUCAUUCUCAUUUCCAACUAUGAAGGUUUAUACAAUGGUGGCCUACCGGGUCUAUUUUACUCUUAUCUCUGGACCUUCAUUGGGUUCGGGUUCAUUAUUGCCUCCAUCUCCGAAAUGGCAUCGAUGGCACCAACUUCUGGCGGACAAUACCACUGGGUUUCUGAGUGGUCUUCACCUCGAUACCAAAAGUUCCUCAGUUAUGUUACCGGAUGGAUGUCAGUAUUAGCAUGGCAAGCUGGAGCAGCCUCUGGCUCAUUCCUCACUGGAACAAUUAUUCAGGGAUUAAUCAGUGUUCGAAACCCUGAUUAUGACCCCCAGAGGUGGCAGGGCACUCUUCUCGUCUUUGCGAUGGUUACGGUGAUCUUUAUCGUUAACGUCUUCGCAUCCGACAUAAUGCCAAUCCUAAACAACCUGUUGAUGAUUCUCCAUGUUCUCUCCUGGGCAAUCAUUAUCAUUGUUCUGUGGGCUAUGGCUCCUCACCAAUCGGCCGAAGUUGUCUUCGUUACAGGCUGGAAAAAUGGGGGAGGUUGGGCUACGAUGGGAUUAAGUGUGAUGAUCGGACAGCUCUCGGCUAUCUAUGGCUCCUUGAGCUCUGAUGCAACUGCCCACAUGUCCGAAGAGGUGAAAGAUGCAUCUCGCAACGUCCCUGUCGCUAUUGCCUGGGGCUACUUCAGCAACGGUAUCAUGGCCGUAGUUCUGGUUAUCACUUUGCUCUUUGCUAUGCCAUCAUUGGACGCUGCCCUAGAGGACCCCACCGGCUUCCCAUUCCUCUAUGUCUUCCAACAGGCAACCUCGACAGCAGGAGUCAACGGACUUACAGCUAUCAUCCUUCUACCUGUUAUCUUCAGUAAUAUCCUCUUCAAUGCCUCCACCUCCCGGCAAACCUUUGCCUUCGCCCGUGACAAUGGCCUCCCAUUCUCCAAGUGGAUCGGCAAAGUCGAUGAACAGCGCAAGAUCCCCACGAACGCUAUCAUUUUGUCCUGCCUCAUCAGCUGCGCGCUAUCCCUUAUCAAUAUCGGAUCUGAGACUGCGUUCAACGCCAUUAUCUCUCUGAACGUCGCGGCCUUGAUGUACACAUACAUCAUCUCCAUUAGCUGCGUCAUCUACCGCAAGAUCUGGCACCCUGAUACCCUCCCACCCCGUCGGUGGGAUCUAGGCAAGUGGGGCCUGGGUAUUAACAUAGUUGGUUUGCUAUAUUGCUGUUUCGCGCUCUUCUGGGCGUUGUGGCCAGGUGAUCUUGUUGUCACAGCGGAGGGCUUUAACUGGAGUGUGGUUCUCUUUGCAGGAGUCUUCAUUAUCAGUCUCGUGAUGUACGUUGUUAAGGGCCGGAAGGAUUAUGUUGGACCAUCAGUUAUUGUCCAGCAAAUUCGGGAGUAG